AUGGAUUCACCUAGUAUAAUAGUCUUGAAUACUGAUAUGCCAAGGGGACCAUAGCUUUCUCCAAGAUCUUCCUAUAUCAAGUAUGUUAAGGAUUGUUCAUCCUCAUAUAUCGUAUAAGAGAGUGAAAGAAAUUACGAUGAAAUACUCAGUCAAAAUAUGAGCGAAUCUCAUUAAGAAAAUAAAUUAGCGCAUAUGACAUCUAGUAGAAGAACAUCAAAAAAGUUAGAACCAUUAAAAUUUACUUAGAUAGCUAAAUAAAAUAAAAUCAUAGAGAAAUUCAAAAACAAUCUGUUAUAAUUCUCAUACAUUAUGCCAUAGAAAUUUAAAGCUAAAUUGUUAUCAAUUGAAAAUUAUUUAUAGAAGGACAAAUUGAAAAAAGCAUCAAGUAGAUUAUAUUAUUAAUUUUUAGAUCAGACCAGAAGUAAGAAUUAAAGCAAUAUCAUCUCUCCAUCCAACAUAUUUUUAUUUUAUUGGGAAAUUUUUAAUAUUCUCUUACUAUUUAUAUCUCUCUGGAUAUGUGCCCUUAUUGUAUCGUUUCCAAAUUCAUAGGAAAUAAGUUUUCAAUCUUUUGGCUGUUUAUUUAUUACAACCAACAUCAUUGAAAUAAUUAUUUCAAUAAACAAGGAAAUUUAUAUUGAAGGUUAAAUUAUAAAUACUCGAAGUGAUAUUCUGCUUAAUUACAUUGCUAAGUCAUCUCAUAUUGACAUAUGCUCAAUAUUAAUAUGGAUCAUGAUCAGUUUUAGUGCAAUUGAAUAGAAUAGCAUUAUUCAAAUGCUUGCAAUACUUCUUGUGAUUAUCAUAUUCGCUCGGAUCUUUAGAGUGUAUGAUUACCUCGUUGAAUAACUGUAUUAAAAAGGAUUCGGUGGUUACGCUUUUGAUCUUUUAACAUUAGUAAUAAGUAUAUUUUUCUUCGCUCACAUUAUGGCUUGUUUGUGGUUGAUGGUCGGAUUGAAUUCAAGUGGCGAGAGAAUGAAUUGGAUCAGAGAUAAUGAUUUGGAAAAUGAAUCAAUUUGGACUCAAUAUAAUCAUGCAUUCUAUUGGGCCACAAUGACGAUGGUUACUGUAGGAUACGGAGACAUUACGCCGAAGAAUAACUACGAGAUGACAUUUGCUAAUGUUGCUAUGUUUUUUUCAAGUUGCGUAUUUGCGUAUUCAAUGAAUGCUAUCGGAAUUUUACUGAAGGGGUUUAAUGAUGUUAAAUAAAAUUACAAGUAAUAAUAAAUUAAAAUAUUAAAGAAAAUCGGUUGUAAUCAUGAAUUAGUAUAUGAAAUCUAAUAAUGUUGAGGAUUAAAUACAGAACAAAGUAAGAAAUAACCUAAAAUAUUUAAUAUAUAGUUAAGAUAGUGAUAAUAAUGAUGCGAACAAAUUGGUUAAUAAACUAUCCUUAGGACUUUAAUAAGAAUUGCAGGCAGAUAUAUUAGGAAAGAUAAUUAAAAACAUCAAAGUUUUGUCUUGUAAUUUCAGUAAACAAAUUCUACAAGAAAUUCAAGGAUUAGUAAAGAUAGUUUAAUUUUCGCCGGGGGAAUUCAUUUAAAAAGGGGAAAACGUACUAAAUGAUGAUGAUCUAUUUUUGUAAGAAUUACAUAAUAAUUAGGUUUUACAUAAUCAAAGGGAAUGUGAACUUCAUUUCAAAUACCACAAAUUCCUUGAUUUAUAAAUUAGGGCCAGGGGAGACAUUUAAUCAGUAUGAAUUUUUUACUGGUUUUGGUGAUAAGAAAAUAGAUAUCAUUAGUGAUGACUUUUGCUAAUUAGUGAAAUUAAAUAAAGCAUAGUUUAUAAAAUUGAUAUUGGAAUCGAAGAAGGAUUGGGAAAUAUACCAUUCGAUUAAAGACAAUGCUGCAAAUAACAAUGACUUGAUUGAUUUAAAUUAUAAAUGCUAAUUUUGUUAGAGGAGUACGCAUUUAAGACAAAAUUGUCCUCUUCUCUCUUAUUAACCUAAUAUUUAGCAUAAAUUGAAGAAGCAAUAAUAGUUAAGACAAAAAUAAUAUCGAUCUCAGGUAAGUCGAAAUUGUGUAAAAUUGAAUAGCAAAAUGAUUUUAGAGGAAGUGAAAAUGACUAUUUAAUAAUACAUGAUGAAUAAUAUUACUGAUUUUACUGAAAAUCUUUCAAGAAAAGAAUCAAAGGUAAAUGAAUAAGAUGAUGAUUAACAAUUCAAAAAGAUAGAGUUAAUUUCAAGUACUCCUAUUUAUAAUAGAAAUACUCCAGCGAAAAAAACCACUAUUAUUUAGAAUAUGGGAAGUUAAAAUUAUAUUCGAAGUAAGUUUUAAGCAGGAACUCCAUUAAGAGCAAAUAAUCAAUUGAAAUUUAAUAAAGAAACAUCUCAUUAAAAUUCAACAAAUUAAUCAUAACCAAUACUAUCUCAAACUAAUUUAUAACCAACACUUUCAUUCAAAAUGCUUGAUCAUGUUUUCGAUUCAAUGAAGUUUACUUAUAUUAACAUUGAUAAAAUGCAAAAUUAUAUUAAUUAUCUACCUCAUAACAAUGUAAGAAGGAUUUUGAUAUAAAUGGAUGCCCAAAAUUAAUAGAUCAGAGACAAUGCAAAAGGACAAAUCAAGGUGGAUAAAUCGUUUGGAUUUACUGCAAAAUUAAGAAGUUAAAAGCAGAAAAACAAUGCUUCAAGAUAAAGUUAAUUUAAUAUAAAACUUUGA